UGUUGUAGUUUGUAGGAGCAGUCUGGAGCAGGACGUGAAGUUUACUGAUCGCCUUGUUUCCUGCCUUAAACUGCCUUCUUGCAAAACAGAAAAACAAAACAAAACAUGGUCAAGCGAAACUAACCAGCUGCCCAGUAUUUUAUGGAGAAACCGAGGCUCUGACCGUGAUGCUUGAUUGGGCCGAGGAGUGAAGCAAAUUCCUGGAGGAGUUGAGGGCUGCUGUCUUUUUAAGCUUACGAGAAACCAGCCUGCUCACACCAUGCCCGUCAAGAUGGCCUCCAGCUUUACUUGCCCUCACUGGAAUGACUUGGGACAAGGAUGUGUGUUGCCAUGGUGAUCAUCUACAAGAAAACACUGGAAAAAAAAGGUGCUGAUGAUGUAACAUCCAAAAGUACAGAUUUGGGCUCGUUCCAGGCGCAGACCAUGAGCCAGGGGACUGCCCUUUUCUCCUGUGGACUCAUGGAGACAAGCCGGUGGGGUGAGGUGGGUCACAGCUGUGCCAUACAGCAGAGGCCAGUUGGGACCAGCCUGGAGAGCCUGUGGGACGUCCUGCCUGAGGUGCACAAGAGUUCUGCUCACUGGGGUUGGGAUGUUGGCUCCACUUCUAGCACAAUCACCAGCUUGUUGCAGGACCUCAGCCUGACUGAGGCCGCUUCUUCGCACACCACAGCACCUCCCAGCAAGCGCCAGUGCCGGUCCCUUUCUUGCUCAGACGAGCUCGGGGGCUGCCGCUCUACCUGGCGUCCUCAGGGCUCCCGUGUGUGGACAACAGUGGAGAAGAGGAGGUGCCACAGUGGAGGUAGCGUCCAGCGCGGCGGUGCCGGGGGUGCUCAGCUCUGCUUCCCAGCCAUGCAGCGCAGCUCCAGCUUCAGCCUGCCCGCUCGCUGCAACACCCUGGAGCUGCCCUGCUUCGCCCAGCGUCUCCCUUACCCCUCCACCUUCAGCUGUCUGACACCCUCCUCCUCCAUGCCCCUAUCCUCAGAGCCCUCAGUGCAGCCCCUCUACCUCUCUCAUGAACAAAUCUGCGUCCCUGAGCCUCAUGGACCCUCUCCACCCAGCUCCCCCGAAUCCACUCCAGAGCUUAAUCGCCGCGGUGGACAGGGAGGUCUCGCCCGUAGCCGCUCACAGCCGUGCGUCCUCAAUGAUAAGAAGAUUGGCGUGAAGCGCAGGAGACCAGCUGACACACACAAACAGAGGCCUUCUUUGGAUCUGGCCAAGAUGACCCAGAAUCUUCGGAAUUUCCACAGCCUUAGCUGCCCUGGAAUCACAGGUGAAGAUAACUGCGAGUCAAGCCAGGCCCUCCCCACUCUCAGGAGCACCUCUCAGUGCGACACUGACGACUCGUCUAUGAAUGAACGCAGCUUGGAGGACGUUCAGCCUUUGACCAAAGAGGGUGAAAUCACCGGGAACGUGCCAUCGGAUUCCACCAUUGAGGAGGCGGACUGGAACUCCACAGAUGGCGGCGAGGUGACGCCAGAGACAACCAACGGGAAGGACAACGCACCUCUGUGGGCAGGACUCUGUAGCAUGAAGAAGGAUGUGUAUCAGCUCGGAGGCGAACUUGACAUUGAGCAAAUUGAGAGGAACUGAGCUGGACUGCCUUCCUCUGGGGGGAAGCUAAUUUAGGGGGCUGAAUGUUUAUCACCAGGUGGUGCAGUAAACAGUACCAAUAGUCUUAAGGACAAAGCAAGUGGAAAGCUAAUGCAGGGAAGCGAUCCAGUUGCCUUUUUUUUUUUCAAGGAGAGAUUGAGCAGGAGCUUAUGGGCCCAUGUUUGGGGACUUUGUGUAGUCAGAAGCUAUUCCCCAAUAUGUGGUAUCUUAACUGUGUCUCAGGAGAACAAGGAAGUCAGGAGGACUGAUUCAGGUGGGGAUAACUGAUAAAUAUAAAAGUGAUAUAUUAAUGUUGGCUCAGAGACCGGGGGUCUUUAACAUUUCUUUGUAACCCUGAUUACCUUCAUUGUACUACAUUUGGAGAGAAUUCACAGCAGGUUUGUAUAAAUUCUCUGCACUAGAAAGUGUCCGUUCCUCUGACAUUCUUCAGUAGUACAUGGGUACAUGAUGGACAGAAAUGGAGACUACUUCGAGGUAGCAAAGGCCCUUUCACUCUUAACUGAGCAACGAGCCGCACGCGCACACACAACCCGUAAUGUAUAUUGAAGAGCUUAACAUUUCACACAGUAACAUCGGGCCUCUCUCUGAGAUCUAUGCUCCCGUUUGUUUGAGCGAAACUUUGUGAUGCUAAUAGCAUUAAUAUUUUACGAUUUGUAACUACAAAGUUAUGUAAAACAUGAGCAUAUUUCUAUACAAAUAAACACAGUUUUAAAUG